CCCCAAUGACAGUUGACUUUUCCGAGUUUUCCUUUAACUAGCCAAAAUCGACGUGUUCUUUACAUUUUCCUCGAAGUAAGUGUUGAAUCUAAAUCCGGGUCAUUAGUGUGUUAUAUACGUGUCCAGCGGGUUGAUUUAUAUAGACAGUCAUUAAUUUAGGUGAUUUGUUUGGGUUUACAAGUGUAAAGUAACUAGUCAUUCCAGACAAAUAUGGCCGACGAUGUUCCGGUCGAUUCGGGGCCAGGAAAGGCCACCGAUGAGGAAGUCCCGAAAACGGAAGAACAGUCGGUGCAGUCCCCUUCUGAGGCCCAGCUAAUCAUGACUCCGAAGGAAGAGGUGCCAGCUUCGCCUGGCGCUUCAGCAUCAUCUCCUGCCGCCCCCAAACGCAAGAUAACAGUUCAUGUGAAAACACCAAAGGAAAAAGAGUCUUUUGAGGUAGACGAAGACCUCAACGUGAAAGAGUUCAAAGAUCUAAUCGGCCCGAAGUUCAGCGCGGAGGCUGACCAGCUAUGUCUAAUAUUCGCCGGCAAAAUAAUGAAAGACGCUGAUAAUCUGCAAACUCACAAUAUCAAGGACGGGCUAACUAUUCAUUUGGUUAUUAGAGCUGCGCCUCAAGCCAGUGAGCCUGCACAACAAAGGCCUCCAGCUGAUAUUGGCGCAACUCCUUUUGGUCUUGGAAGUUUAGGUGGUUUAGCUGGCUUAGAAUCACUUGGCUUGGGAUCGACAAAUUUUAUGGAAAUACAAAACAGAAUGCAGAGCGAAGUGUUGUCUAACCCGGAUAUGCUUAGAUCAUUGUUGGAUAAUCCACUGGUUCAAAGAUUGAUGAACGAUCCGGAAAAUAUGAGCGCUUUGAUCACAAGAAAUCCUCAAAUGCAAGACUUAAUGGAAAGGAAUCCUGAAAUCAGCCACAUGUUUAACAAUCCCGAAUUGCUGCGCCAGACAAUGGAACUAGCGAGGAAUCCUUCAAUGCUUCAGGAAUUGAUGAGGAGUCAUGAUAGGGCAUUGAGCAACUUGGAAAGUAUUCCAGGGGGAUACAAUGCUUUACAUAGGAUGUAUCGCGAUAUUCAAGAGCCCAUGUUAUCGGCCGCUACUGAACAGUUUGCCCAAAAUCCCUUUUCCGGCUUGAUGGAUAAUACUCAGCUGAAUAACCCACAACAAGUUUUGCCAGGUACUGAGAAUAGAGAUCCACUACCAAACCCGUGGAAUAGAGGAGCACCGAAUCCGCCAUCAGCUACUACACCAGGCAGGAAUGUGGUUGUUAAUCCACCAAUGGCGAGUUUGUUACAACAGAUGUCGGAAAACCCAUCUAUGGUUCAAAACAUGUUGUCAGCACCAUACACCCGAUCGGUUCUGGAAGCUUUAGCUGCAGAUCCCAACAUGGCUAACUCCCUUUUAGCAGACAACCCAUUGCUUUCGCGCAAUCCGCAAUUGCAAGAGCAGAUGCGAAAUAUGAUGCCACAGUUGAUACAGCAACUACAGAACCCAGAAAUGCAAAAUCUUAUGAUGAAUCCUCAGGCUCUUAAUGCUAUAAUGCAAAUUCAACAAGGCAUGGAAACUUUAAGACAAACUGCACCUUCACUUGUAAACACUUUCGUUCCGCCUACGGUUCCCACUGGUUCUACCACAGCUCCUCCAGGUCCCACCACCGAAGGCACAGUGACUUCAACCACAACCACCAAUACUGUGCCACCUGCAACUGGUGCUACACCGUCAUCUGCUGGUGCAACACCUGGUGCUGGUGAUCCAUUUUCAGAGUUUAUGGCUCGAAUGGUAGCUGGAAUGACGGCAGGAAAUGACCAAACAUUGCCUCCAGAGCAACGUUAUCAGCAACAAUUGGAGCAGUUAACUGCAAUGGGUUUUCUAAAUCGAGAAGCAAAUUUACAGGCCUUAAUUUCUACGUUUGGUGACAUAAAUGCAGCUGUGGAAAAGUUACUAGCGUUAGGACAGUUGUCUAUGAGCUAACCUUUUUAAACCCACAAAAUGCCACUGGAAGUUAAAAGAUGGUUGAGCUUCUUUUGUAUUACAUGAAGGAGCACAGACUAAUAAUUUAAUGCUUUUUCUGGUUUUUUUUUAUUAAACUUGUAGUAGAAAAGUUGAUCUAUGAAGUUACAGCAGAAGUGUUUAUGGGGUUCUAUUUGAGGGGCGGGACUUUACUUUUAUUCUAACAUUUGUGUUAAGGUUAUAGAAACCACUUAAUUUCUAAGGUAUUCUAUAUGUGAAGAAAAAUCUAUUUUUGAAGCCUGAAAUGAUAUAUCAAGUAUUGUUUCGUUCUACUUAGUAGAUGCAGGCAAUUUGUUUUAAUUUGAUAUGGUUUUGCAUUUCGAUGGUUUAUAUACUUAUAUUCACCCUUAGGAUUAAUCUAUGUUCAAAACUCAAUAAUAACUAAAAUAUAAGGCUGAACGUUUAAGAACUGUUUGAAAUGGACAACCAAUACCGGCGUUUUAAAAACAAUUUAUUAUAUUAACUGGUUAUUUUUGUUUUUGAAUUAAAGCUUGUAUCAGUUUCUCUCUUUGACUUUUUCAUUUCUACAAUGUACUAACAUUGUAGUUUGCUUUGCACUAUUUACUUUGCUUCUCUUCAAUCGAAGUGUUCUGACUAACAUCUUUCAAUGCCUUUUUGUAAAUAUUUACUUUUAAAUAUAUAAGGGUGUUAUUUUUGUUCGUAGCAUGAUAGAUUUUCUUUUUCAAUGAGUAAGUAGUUCAGCAACUAUCAGUUUUUAUCAGUUAUGACGACAUCUUAGUCAACUUUGCUUAGCUUUGAUUUUUCAAAGUAACAUAAUUUAAAUGGAUUACAAGGAGCAAGUUAAUAUUAUAUUUGUUUACUUGAACAGUAGCUCUACUAAUGUGUGUUAGUUCGUGUUAAACCACAGUAAAUAUUCAUUUACCAUAUAAAGUUUAGCUGUCACCAUAUAAAAUACGACUGGACUUGUUGCAAGUCGUAUAUCAUAUUUUUAGCAUAUUUUACGGUAUUCUUAGUGAAGGCAUUCCUGUAAAUUUUAAGUUCAAUAAAACGACGUAUCUACA